UCAUUGUCUGUAUGGAGUUUUGGUAGGCCUGACUUCACUAGGGCUUUUUACCUAACCUGUUGUAAAACUUGCCAAAUAUGUAGAUGAGACCUGCAUAGCCCCCCAAACACAUACCCCUGGCCUAAGACACUGCAUUAAUGACAAUAACAUUGCAGCUGCAUGGGGUGAAGGGCAUUACUGGUUGACCCUGACAGCUCUAGAGGGGCUCGUGCUUGGGAGCAGCAAGCAAAUCACAAGACAUCUCAGGGCCCUGCAGGGAAAACUCGGUGGGACGCUCCUCUCUCUGAUACCACUUUUGGACUCCUCCUGUAGCUUCUGCUGUGGAGACGGCAGCGCCCUCCCCUGGCUCGGAAGCCGCGGAUGGGCGGGCAGCGCCUCCCGCCGAGGUGGGCGUGUUCGGCCAAACACUCUACGCAUGGAAACUUCUCCGAGCCUGUCCGCGGCGCUGGAUGCGCUCUGCCCCUUCGCCCCCUGGCUCUGGCAGGGCUGGGGACGUGGCUGGCAGCCCGCGGCUUGAUUUCUCCCGAGGGUCCGUCCCUGCCGCCAGGAGCCCAUGGGGGGACAGGGGCGCGCCCCCCACCAUGACUCCGCUGCAAGGCAAAGGCCAUAAAACGACCCCACCGCCUUAGCCAGAGCAAGCCCCGGCCGGGAGAGGGCCAGCAGCAGCCGCGGAGUCUCCCGGGGAGGGGGGCGAGGGCGACAUGCCAUGGAAGGCCGGGACUCCGGACUGCUGGGCUUGGAGCAGAUGCUAGCGCCUUUCGGGGGCCACCAGCAAGAGAGGACGGCUCGGCUGCUCCCGCGGGACCCCUGGCGAGGCAGCUCCGCAGAGCAAGAGCAAGAGGGGGCGGCGGUGGCUGCGCUGCCUCUGCAGGAGCCCUGGGGCGAGCCGCAGCGGGCCGGAGCCUCUCCCCUGCUGGAGGAUGGGGAGCUGCUGCUGGGGCUGCGCCGCCGCGGCGGGCGGUCCCUGUCGCUGCCCGCUAGCCCCAGCCUGGCGGCCGCCGGGCUCUUCCCGCCGCCGGAGGAGGGCAGCGGGGGCUGCUGCACCAAGUGCAAGAAGCGGGUGCAGUUCGCGGACGCGCUGGGGCUGAACCUGGCCAGCGUGAAGCACUUCAGCGCGGCGGAAGACCCGCAGGUGCCGCCCGCCGUGCUCUCCCGUCUGCGGCGCCUGCCCCGGGAGGAGUUCAGCGCCGCGCUCGGCCUGGGCUGCGGGGCCCGCCCGCCGCCUCCCCCCCUGCAGCUAGUGCCCGACUUCCAGCCCGCCGGGGAGGUGGCAGUGGCCGAGCGGCUACGGCGGGAGCGGGUGUGUCUGGAGCGCCUGGGCCGCCCCGCGGUGGCCCUGGACGUGCGGGGCACCGUGCGGGUGCUGAGCUGCCCGGGCCCCAAGGAGGUGACGGUGCGCUACACCUUCAACGAGUGGCGCUCCUUCCUGGACGCCGCGGCCCAGCCCCUGCCCGGCCCCGAGGAGAGCGACCCCCCUACCGAGCGCUUCCACUUCAGCCUGUGCACCCCGCCCGGCCUGCUGGAGGGCUCCGCCGUGCACUUCGCCGUCUGCUACCGCAGCCAGCAGGGCGAGUACUGGGACAACAACGGGGGCAGCAACUACACCCUGCGCUGCUGCCGCCCCGCCCCCUGGGGGCUCCCCGCAGCGCCCAGCACAGACACCGGCCAGGGCGACCCCACCGGGCCCCUCUACUGAGCGCCGCCUGGGACAGCCGUGAACCA